GCAAAAUGUUCCAACCAAAAAGAACGCCGUUCAUGCUGGCGGUGUUCGCUGCAGGUCUUAUAUGGACUCGGUAAGCAUCUGCACGGUGAAGAGCCCCUGCUCGAACACUCUCCACAUGCCGCGGAAGAAUGAACCAUUGGAGCUAGUCGAGGCCCGAAUCGAUCCUUUCUGCCUCAGAGCAACUGCCGAAUCUUUCACUCAUAUUCUGGUUCUACGCCGUGAUUACGCUUGGGAAGGCAGUGAGGCAAGCUGUAACGGAUAGCCAUUAUUCUUAUAUGGACUGUGCUCUUCCCCAGAUUCUUGACCCCAGACUAACGGGUUACACCCCUGACUCACGGACUGGACUGUGUGGGGCCACAGUGCGACAACGGAGGAGUUUUCACAGAUUUUGAUCGUUCCCAUCCAUCAAGAACACUCAUAGACUUCAUCAUCAUGGCAGGUUAUGAGUCUGCAAGCGCAGAGAAAGGGCAGUCUGUCCUCUACGAACGCGGAGUUACCUCACCCAGUGACCGCUCCACUGAUGAGUUCACAUGGACUGAGGAAGAAGAGACAGCCGUCCGAAGAAAGCUGGACAGAGUCAUUGUACCGUUGACUACAUUUCUCUACUUGUUGUGCUUCCUUGACCGUGCCAACGUCGGAAAUGCACGUAUCCAGGGUAUGGCGAAGGACCUGAACCUUGUUGGUUACCGAUUUAAUUGGGUCACUUCGAUCUUCUACAUUGUCUACAUGUUCGUCGAGGUACCUAGCAAUAUUCUCCUGAAGAAGAUCGGACCAAAGUGGUAUCUUCCAAUGCUUGUCGCUGGCUUCGGAUUCGUUUCGCUCUGCACAGCUUUCGUCCAGAGCUUCCAGGGACUACUAGCUGCGCGGGCUAUGCUCGGUGUCUUCGAAGGUGGUGUCAUGCCUGGUCUUGCGUUCUUCAUCACGUGCUUCUACAAGCGCAACGAGCUGCUGUUCCGCAUCGGUAUUUACGUCUCGGCCGCUAGUAUGGCUGGUGCAUUUGGAGGACUCUUGGCUACAGGAUUAGCCCGCAUUCCUCCAUGGGGCGCAUCCUCCAUGAUCAUUCACACCUGGCGUAACAUCUUUUUCUUCGAAGGUCUUUUUACUCUGAUCGUUGGUGCCGCCGCACCUUUCUUGAUGCCGACAGCCCCAGGAGAGUGCUGGUUCCUGAAUGAGCGCGAGCGAAGGAUUGCGCACGAUCGACUGAUCUCAAAGACUGGAGCUGGAGAGCACGAGAAGGUUCGACCUCGCCACGUGAAGAGAGCGGUGUUCAACAUCACCAACUACAUUUGCGCUUUUGGAUUCUUCUUCAUCAACAUUACUGUCCAGGGUAUUUCUCUAUUUAUGCCUACCAUUCUGAACGACCUUGGCUGGACUGCCACCAAAGCUCAGCUUUACUCAGUUCCUCCUUACGUAUGCGCGUGUCUUGUCGCGAUCGGUAUCGCGUUCGCUAGCGACAAGACCAACCGCCGUGGCAUUUACCUGGCCAUCUUCACAAUACCCGCAAUUGCCGGCUUCGCUAUUUUGCGAUGGGUCACAGAUCCGAACGUGCGUUACGGAGGUAUCUUCUUGAUCACAAUUGGCGCGUUCCCUGGUGGCCCUGGUUUCCUUGCUUGGGCAACCAAUAACGCAGGCAACCCCUCUGUACGCGCAGUCUCGACCGCAUACGUUGUUACGCUCGGCACAGCUGGUGGUAUCCUUUCAACCUGGACUUAUGUCGCUAAAGACGCGCCCAAGUACCCAACCGGUCACACCAUCAACUUGGCAGGUCAAUGCUGCGUCUUGAUUCUGGCUGUCGCUGGUAUAAUCUAUUCGAAGUGGGAGAACAAGCAACGCGAUUUGGGCAAGCGUGAUCACCGCCUCAACGGUUUGAACGAGGAGCAGAUCCGUGAUCUGGGCUACAGGCAUCCGGAGUUUCGCUACAUUCACUAAAUAAUGGUGUGUUCCGGAAAGGGGUGUGAGCCUGAAUUGGCGCAUUUUCAUAUUUAACAGCAUUUCCAUUGACUCAACUCAUGGAUCGAAUUGAAAUCUUC